UAAGAGGAAGACUUGGGAGGGAUGGAACCUUCCAACAAGUUUGGAAGAAAGUAGAGGGAAUGCACAGAUGCCAGACUGCCACGAAGACCCAUGGACAAUCCCGCACUCACGCUUCUCUAUCGAACUUUAAGAUUUAUUAGUAAUAUGCUGCCUUUGCAAGAUGAAAAGAAACUAAUGCCAAGAAGGCAUAUUCUUCAAUAUUUGGAAUAGACGUGCUCUCAAGACAAUGGCUUCAAAGGUGUCCUGUCUAUAUGUUUUGACAGUCGUGUGCUGGGCCAGUGCCCUCUGGUAUCUGAGUAUAACUCGUCCCACUUCUUCCUACACUGGCUCCAAGCCAUUCAGCCACCUAACAGUCGCCAGGAAAAACUUCACCUUUGGCAACAUAAGAACUCGACCUAUAAACCCACAUUCUUUUGAAUUUCUUAUAAAUGAACCCACCAAAUGUGAAAAGAACAUUCCUUUCCUUGUUAUCCUCAUCAGCACCACCCACAAAGAAUUCGAUGCCCGCCAGGCAAUCCGAGAGACGUGGGGGGAUGAGAACAACUUCAAAGGGAUCAAGAUAGCCACUCUCUUCCUCCUGGGCAAGAACGCUGAUCCUGUUCUGAAUCAGAUGGUGGAGCAAGAGAGCCAAAUCUUCCACGACAUUAUUGUGGAGGACUUUAUUGACUCCUACCAUAACCUUACCCUUAAGACAUUAAUGGGAAUGAGAUGGGUGGCCACUUUUUGUUCAAAAGCCAAGUAUGUCAUGAAAACAGACAGUGACAUUUUUGUAAACAUGGACAACCUUAUUUAUAAACUACUAAAACCCUCCACCAAGCCAAGGAGAAGGUAUUUUACUGGCUAUGUCAUCAAUGGAGGACCAAUCCGGGACGUCCGCAGUAAGUGGUAUAUGCCCAGGGAUUUGUACCCUGACAGUAACUACCCACCGUUCUGUUCGGGAACUGGCUAUAUCUUUUCAGCUGAUGUGGCUGAACUCAUUUAUAAGACUUCACUCCACACAAGGCUGCUUCACCUUGAAGAUGUAUAUGUGGGACUGUGUCUUCGAAAACUGGGCAUACAUCCUUUCCAGAACAGUGGCUUCAAUCACUGGAAAAUGGCCUAUAGUUUGUGUAGGUAUCGCCGAGUUAUCACCGUGCAUCAGAUCUCUCCGGAAGAAAUGCACAGAAUCUGGAAUGACAUGUCAAGCAAGAAACAUCUCAGAUGUUAGGAUUUUUACCAAUGUAAAUACAUUUCUUUUCUUUUUUAAGAAAUGGGGCCUAAGGUGUUGGUAUUUAAUAGGUGUCACCAAGGGAAAUGAACUGGCAAAGGGGUUUUGUAAAAAGGGUUUUCUUCCCACUCCUACUUUCUUUCUUCGAUUACCAAUUUACAAAUGUCAGGCUCUGGUCAUAGAAACAAUACACAAGUUUGAAGGGCCAGAUUUCAUUCUCAGGUCCUAAGGCAUUGCAUUUAUCUGAAAAAGCAACUUCCUGAAAACUGCUAGGAUUUACAUACUGUGCAUCUGAGAUAAAAAUCUGGUUCUGGGAAACUGAAACUCACUAUAAUGUCUUCAUAUCAGCUCUGCAAAAAUGAAUAAGUAAAUAGCGCUUUUUCAGAAAUAAUUCAGAAAUAAUACGCAGUCAGGAAGACACGCUCGAUGUGAUUAUUAACAUUGUGUGUGCUGUUAUAUUGAAUUUUUACAUAUAUUGCCAUGGGACAUGUACAGAGUUUGCCGUUCCAGCAAGAAAUGAACUUAGGCCUGGCAGGAAGGCUGCAGUUAAAUAAAUGGAAAUCUAAACUUGAAAAUCAAAUAUCCUGUAUGUUUGGAAGACAACUCUGCCUGCUCAUCCAAGGAUUAAACCUGGUCAUUGGGUGGAAUGUAUAUAAAAUGCUACUUAACAAAAUAAACAAGAGCUUUUUUUUUUUUUUUUUUUUUUUUUUUUUCCCUUUCAGAACAAACAUUACCUGGUGCCUCCAAGGAGAUUUUGCCAAAUGUAAUCUCACCUGCCUGCCUCCAUACAGUGUUGCUAAGUGCAUUUUACAAUUUCUGACAGAGGCAGGCACAUGUGUAGAAAUAAGUUGGAAGGAGGGCAGAAAAACAAUAAAUUACAUGGAGAAAAUACAAAUUUAUGUCUGCAUUAAAAUUAACAUAAGCAAACUUAGCAAUAGUAUGAGAUGCCACGCCCACACAUUUGCAAAGCAUGUGAGAGAAUCUUUCAAUGGGUACCAAUGUUAUUGGAUGAUUUAGCUCUGUAGGUGACAGAUGUAAUACUCUAACAUCUGAAACAUCCAGGCACCUCCAGCAGCAAUGCUGUUGGGAGGCAUUCUGGGAGCUCCAAGCUCUGUGAUUGAGGUUCACGGGAAGGAAGGGUGGAGAAGCUUGGAAUCAGUUCCUGUUGAUACCAUCAUCUUUGCUGGGUCAUGUGAGCAGGCGUCUUAACCUUGCUGUGCUUCAGUAUACUCAUGUAUAAAAUGGAUGGAAAAAACACCUACCUCACAGGUGCUGUGAGAGCAAAUUGCAUUUCCUAAGAAUCUUGAGAUCCUUAGUUUACAAGGUGCUAAUGCAAUGUGUCAUGCGUUAUGCCAAAUGCUAAAAUAAUUCAUUACAAUGAUGGUCAUUGUAAUCAGUAGUAGUAACAUCAGCUUAAAUGUAAAAUCUGCCAAAAGAAAGAUCGAAUAUGAACUGUUCGUGCAUCUGGUUCUUCUAAGAUUUUUUGACUUUUCCCUGGAUAUCUUAGGUGUUUGGAGAAGCUUCAAUUUCUCUACCAUUUCUUCUGGUUUCAAUGAACAAGUUUUUACUUCAGUGCAUUGCCUUGAUUUCCCAGGGUGCUGCAAGUGAAGGCAGCUGUGUUUCUUCAGGGAGGAGCCUCUGGCUGGAAGUGUAUUACAAUAAAUGAAUCACAUGCUUUGCAAAAUGUAUUAUAUCCCAUCAACUUGGAUCUCAGGAAACAGUGAUCUGAAUUCUCAAUAAGAACUUUGAAGAGUGACCGGUAAAGCUAGCCCCCCUCUAUCAGAAGAACAGGCACUCAGCAAACCCCCACAUUGCACAUCAUCUAUUCAUUAGAAAACUUCUUUUUGUUUGUUUGUUUUCAUUCAAAGAAAGCCCUGCAACUGAAAGAAUAUAACUUUUCUUUUAACCUGACCUUUGGAAGCCCCCCCUAGAAGUUGAUAGCAAACAAGUAAACACAAUGAACAAAUGGAAGUCAUGGCCUAUUUCUUGAAAACACUGGAUCUUUUAUCCCCAGCCCCAAAGAAUGCAAUAUGAGACAGGCCUUCCUGUCCUUCAAUACAUCUUCAUCAAACAGCUGGACUGCCGAGUUUGAUUGGAAAACAGCAUUAGGUAGCCUGGGGAGAGAUGGAUCAGCACAAGGUGAGCCCUCUCUAACCCCCACCCCUCAACUGCUGUGAGUUCCAGUCAUUGGAAAAGUCUCAUGACUUUGUGCUUGGUUUGCGUUUCAGUCACAUAGCUGAAUCAAGCCUCUGUCUUAUACUACCAUUUUGCAUUUACCUUAUGCUCAGUCAAGCCACCUUCGCGUCAAGGAAUUGCACAUUACGAACAUCGUAUAUGUACAUCUAUGAAUUGUUUUCUGUGUGUGUGUGUGUGUGUGUGUGUGUGUGUAUCCACUAUAAAUAGAGCCCUAAUCUUUAAAAGGAGCAAAAAUCAGAGAAUCAUAUGUCUUAAAGAACUAUUUCCUAACUUUUUUAUGCUAGGUAGUGCCCAUGUGACAAACAUGUAAAUAUUCAUCAAAGACCAUAUGUAUAUAUUUUAAAGGCAUUUUUCCCUUCUCCCCUGUAUGUAUAGCUAGAAUCUGCUUGUUAUGUACAUUUUCUUCUGCAUGGAGCUCGGUGAGGCAAAGCCAUUUGUCCAGUGUUUCAAUAGCUGAAAGCAUGAUUGCCCUUCAUUUUUUGAAUGUUCAAAAAAAAAAAAGUUUAAGUCAAGUGAUCAUGAAAAAGCUCUAAUUUUCUACUUUUCUUAAUUUUAUGGUGCCGGCCAAAUUAUGGUUUCAAUUAUUUAAGCCAUUUUUUAAUGUAUUAUCAUUUCUCUUACAUAAAAUAAUGUUUCAAUGUUGUACCAGGAGUCGUUCAGAGAAUUUUUAUAAAAACCUUCUGACUGUCCCCCUACCUGUUGUGUUCAUUAUGCAUUGGAUAACAAAAGGUAUCAAUAAUUAAUGUCUGUAUUCUUAAAUUUUCCUUUUUAAGUUUGUUUUUGGAAAAAAAAGUUUUAUCUUUGCUGGUUAGUUUGCGUGGCUUUGGGUCUUCUUCUAUUGAACCAAAUGCCAGUUUCGAUAUAUAAUAUUGUAUUUUUAAAUAACGGGAAUCAAAAAAAUGAACAUCGUUUUCGAUUUGGAUUAAAAUCAGAAGAACAAAACCCCUUUGUGUGAUGAUAUGGGGGAAACAAACUCUUUACAGAGAAGCUGAGGAAGGAGUUUUUCAGUCAAACCUCUUCUAUCAAAAGACAAUGGAACAUUUACAUAAAGCUUCUGGGAUUCAUUUUCUACCUUUCCUAAUAUGUGGGUUUAGUGGGGGAAUUGAUUCUGUCAUUUCUUCUGUAAAGGUGAGGAUAGUUUUUAUAAGCAACAAAGUAACUUGUGAAUGAAAGAAGUAAUUUACUAGAAACGCUUGUUGAUGAUAAUUGACAUUUAGGUAUAUCGUUAUAUAUGAAUGAUUGUUUAUUUAUGUAUUUAUUUGUCAAAAUUGUACAUACUAUUUCGCCAAACGUACUUGUCUGUAAAAGUGCACUCUCCAGGUUUGUAGUACUAUUUAGGGUUACAUGGGUUGCCAAUCAAGCUGCUAAUCAGAAUACUAUUUUUUGUAUCAAUGUUAUAACACUGAAAAAUAGAUGUCUUUACAUUCAGUUUCUUCACCUUCCUCUUGAAAUGUAAACUGUGGAUUGAAAGCACGAUGCCAAUGUAUAAGCCCAUCUGUCAUGAGGAAGAUUAUGGUUCCGUAAAGCUGAUUUUUUUAAACCAUUGGGACAAAUAAACAGAAGGAGAACAUA